AUGAGAGACGGAGGAUCAUCAUCAUAGUGAGUUUACUGCGAUAACAGGCAUCCGUAAUCAUUUUCAAUUUUAGUGGAAGCUCUAGCCGCUACGGAAGCGGAGGUGGAGGAUACGGCGGUGGCGGUGGCGGUGGCUACGGAGGAUCUCGCAGUGGAGGAUACGGAGGAGGCGGGGGCGGAUACGGAAGCGGUGGUGGUUACGGAGGUGGUUUCGGAGGAGGAUCCCGUGGUGGUCGCGGAGGAUCAUCUGGACGUGGAGGUUCAAGCGGAGGAUCCGCUGGAGGCCGUCUCCGUGACAUCGACUGGACUGCCGAAAAUCUCAAUCCGAUCGAAAAGGAUUUCUAUCAUGAGAACGCCGCUGUCUCCCGUCGUGAGCAGUACGAGAUCGAUCAGUGGGUCGCCACCAAUCAAGUGACUCUCGAGGGCCGUGGCAUUCCUCGCCCAGUUUUCGAGUUCAACGAGGCUCCACUCCCAGGACAAGUUCAUGAGCUUCUCUACGGAAAGUUCCAGAAGCCGACUGUCAUCCAGUCGAUCUCCUGGCCAAUCGCCAUGAGCGGACGUGACAUCAUCUCGAUCGCCAAGACUGGAUCCGGAAAGACGCUUGCGUUCAUGCUUCCGGCUCUUGUCCACAUCACCAAGCAGCCACAUCGUCAGCGCGGAGAGGGACCGUCCGUUCUCGUUCUUCUGCCAACUCGUGAGUUAGCUCAGCAAGUGCAAGAAGUGUCGAUCGACUUCUGUCAUGCUCUCGGACUCAAGAUGACUUGCCUCUUCGGAGGAGCUUCGAAGGGACCACAGGCUCGUGAUCUCGAGCGUGGAGUUGACGUCGUUGUAGCCACUCCAGGACGUCUCCUUGACUUCCUUGACAACGGAGCCACCAACAUGAAGAGAUGCUCGUAUUUGGUGCUCGACGAGGCCGAUCGCAUGCUUGACAUGGGUUUCGAGCCCCAAAUCAGAAAGAUCAUCGGUCAGAUCAGAGUAAGUUCUACGGAAUCCGCGUAUUUUUCUUACAUAAUCGUUUCAGCCGGACAGACAAACACUGAUGUUCUCCGCUACCUGGCCGAAGGAGGUUCGUUCGCUGGCUUCCGACUUCCAGAAGGAUGCCGCUUUCCUUAACGUCGGAUCCCUGGAGCUCGCUGCCAACCACAACAUUACCCAAGUCGUCGACGUUCUCGAGGAGUCUGCCAAGCAGGCUAAGCUCAUGGAGCUCCUCAAUCAUAUCAUGAACCAAAAGGAGUGCAAGACCAUUAUCUUCGUCGAGACCAAGCGCAAGGCUGACGAUCUGACUCGCGCUAUGCGUCGUGACGGAUGGCCAACUCUGUGCAUCCACGGAGACAAGAAUCAGGGCGAAAGAGACUGGGUCCUUGCAGGUAUGUGAACCAUACUUGAAAUAGAGAACGCAAGUCGAAAUUUUUCAGAGUUCAAGGGUGGAAAGACUCCAAUCCUUCUAGCCACCGACGUUGCCGCUCGUGGUCUUGGUUAGUUGAGGCGCGACUAGAAAUAGAAAGGGUCAAAUGCGCUUUGUCACAUGUUUGGAAGAUGGUUUCAGGAGAUUCUCCUUGUGGUUUUUCUUGAGAUCAGAUCAAUCGUUUGCGACACACUUUGUCUGCAACACGUGUGAUUUAUUUGACCCUUUACAGUUGAACCAACAUGAUUUGGCCGUGAGGAUCGAAAAGCAAACGCGAUUUCAUUAUUGUGGGAUCGCCUUAUAGGCGGUCUCUGAUGAUUGACGCUGAGGAUGUGUAGUAGCAGAGAGUGCCUCUGGUGCUCCGUGAUACGGCCUUACACAUCGAGUCGGCGAAAGCGGUUCGGCGCGCAUGCCGCCAGUUCGGCAGCCAUCUGUUUUGGAUGCUGAUUCUGGUGCAAGCUGAUCCGACGACUCUCCAGUGUCAUCGUCGAUUUCUCUCUCCUCUUCUUCCCCAUUCCCAACUCUAGAGUCCCGGGUUCAGGUGCGUAAGUGCAAAUAGCUUAGUCUGAGAGUUGUAUCGGCGACCCUUGGUGGUGACGGCUCUCGACUGGGUGAACUCGGUUUUGCGCACCUGUGACCUGAUUUCAAAAAUGGAGGAAAAGGAUCUCCGACGAGGUCUUGAUACCUGUCGGAGGGAGGAUUGCUCGAAAUCUCGCUGUUUCAUACUUUUCGUUGUCGUCAUUUCAUGUGAUGUCUUACCCUGGUUCACCUGGUUGAGAGAUACGAAACCCGCUCGUAGUUAUCGGGAACCAUAUCUAACCUGCAUUUCCAGAUGUUGACGACAUCAAGUUCGUGAUCAACUAUGACUAUCCGAACAACUCUGAGGACUACGUCCAUCGCAUCGGUCGUACCGGACGUCGUGACAAGAAGGUAACUAUUAAAUAAGCGAUAGACCUCAAAAACCGAAUAUUUCUUUUCAGGGAACCGCCUAUACCUUCUUCACCUACUCCAAUGCAUCGAAGGCUAAGGAUCUUUUGAAGGUCCUCGACGAGGCUAAGCAGACUGUGCCGCAGGCUCUCCGUGACAUGGGCAACCGCAGUUACGGAUCCAGCAACUCCAGAUCGAGAUACGGAGGCGGUGGUGGUGGCGGUGGCGGCGGCGGAAAGCGCGGAUACGGAGGAAACGACAACUUCGCCCCGAAACGCCCGAGGUAACUAGCAAAUUCGAGGGAAGACAUAACACGCGAUUAGUUACAGAUACGACAAUGGAGGCUUCGGUGGUGGAAGCGGCGGCCGCUGGUAG